CUGCCGCCCCCUCUGGACGACCUCCCAGGCACCCUUUCCACCUGGGGCAUGGGCACUCGUGACGAUGUUCCUUCAGCCUCCCUCCAGUCUGGGCCGGAUGCCACGUUGGAGAAGCCCUCACAGCUUCUGAAUGGACCUGGAGCCCAUGCCAGCCUCAAGCUGGAUCCUCCCUUGAAGGGCUGGCAGGCUAGGAAUGGCUACCCCAGGAACCUCGGGGCAUUGCGUCUGGGGCCCAACCCUCUUGCACCCAUCUCCUCGCUGGAGUCGGAGGCCAGCAGUGUGGCUCGGGACACCACCCAGAUCAAGGACAAGCUCAAGAAGAGGAGGCUCUCCGAGGGCUUGGCAGCGUCUUCACAAGCUUCUCUGGAUCUGGGGGGAAGCCUCGGCGGAGCUCCCCUGAAGAACGCCAUCCCCAGGGGCACCUCGCAGAGGCUGCUGAGGGUGCCCAGGCCGAUGCCGCCCAUCCAGAGCAUCCCCACCACCCCCGAGGGGGGCGGAGCCAGGGAGAAGGGCCUGGAGGCAACACCGGGAAGUGGCCAGCAUCCCCGGGAGCGGAGACCGGGUGCCCAGGAGGUGCAGGUCUCCCCACAGUACCUGCACUGCAAUGACGAGAAGAUGCUGAAGUCUCUGGGAGGCAUUGUGAUCCCGCCCAUCCCCAAGGCUGGGCUGUCCAAUGGGACCUCUCCCGGUGCACCCCGCUCCCUUCCCAGCCCCUUGACUCUACACCAGGAUGUCCUCAAAGGCCUGAGGGCCCCCCGCACACGAUUGGUUCGGGAGAGUGGGCCUCGGGAGAAGACCCCUAAAUCUCUGGCCAACUCGUUACCUGCGGUGCUUACGCUGGGGUCUCCGGAAUGGGACGAAGAGGAGGAGGAGCUGGAUCUCAGAGCCUUGAAGGAGCUCAGGCCUUUCUCCAACCCAGAGCUGGGGCUGAUGGAUGCCCUGCAGAGCUUCUCUGUGCCGUCUUGGCAAGGCUUGGGCUAGGCUGAGGGUGGAGGCGGCUUGUUGAGGUGACGGCCCCCCCGUUCUCGGUACCCUGUGGGGAGCCCUUGGCAGGGUUCAGUGGUCCUGAAGGGCCCCUCUCCCUCUUUCUCUAAGGUCACCAACCUCCGCUCCAAGGUGUCCCGCCUGGCCAUCAGCACCCUCGGACACCUCUUCCGGACCUUGAAGAAGAACAUGGACCAGGAGGCCGAGGAGGUCGCGCGCUGUUUGCUGCAGAAGAUGGGCAACACCAGCGAGUUCAUCCAGAGAGCGGCCAACCGGUCGCUGGGGGCCAUGGUGGAGCACGUGACCCCUGCGCGCUCGCUGGUGGCCCUCACCACAGCUGGGGUCUACCACCGAAACCCUCUCGUGAGGAAGUGUACCGCUGAGCACCUGGCGGCCGUCCUGGAGCAGAUCGGGGCCGAAAAGCUUCUCUCGGGCACCAGGGACAGCACGGACAUGCUGGUGCACAACCUGGUGAGGCUGGCCCAGGACUCCAACCAGGACACCAGGUUUUACGGCCGGAAGAUGGUACACAUCUUGAUGUCCAACACGAAGUUCGACGCGUUUCUGAAGCAGUCCCUGCCGUCUCAUGACCUGCGGAAGGUCAUGGCGGCCAUCAAACAGCGGGGUUCGUGGGACACGAGGCGUGUCCAUCCUUUGGGGCUGCCAGGGUCACCUUCCCUUCCCCACAGGCUAAGCUUCAAUAGCCCGAGGCUGCUGGGGCUGCGCUCCUCCGCCCGGGGUGGCAUGGAGAUGGUGGGGCAGCUGCGGGAGCUGACCCGUCUUCUGGAGGCCAAGGAAUACCAGGCUCGCAUGGAAGGUGUGGGGAGGCUCCUGGAGCACUGUAAGACCAGGCCAGAGCUCAUCACUGCCCACCUGGUCCAGGUCUUUGAUGCGUUCACCCCAAGGCUUCAGGAUUCCAACAAGAAGGUGAACCAGGGGGCCUUGGAAUCUCUCGCCGAGAUGAUACCCCUCCUCCGAGAGAGCUUACAGCCCAUGCUGCUCUCCCUCACCAUUGCCGUGGCAGACAACCUCAACUCCAAGAACGUGGGGAUUUACACCGCAGCCACGGCCGCCUUGGAUGCAAUGAUUGAGAACCUGGACAGCCUGUUCCUCUUACAAGUGUUUGCUGGGCGGGUGCGUUUCCUGAGCGGCCGUGCACUGCUUGAUGUCACAGACCGUCUGGCAGUGCUGGUGACCUCGGUUUACCCCCGGAAGCCUCAGGCCGUGGAGCGCCACGUCCUUCCUGUCCUUUGGUACUUCCUGAGCCACAUGACGGGGAACGGCAUCCUGCCCGGGCACGGCGGGAACGCGCGCGCGGCGGUGCGCCGGCUGUGCGGGAGCCUCCAGGGGCAGAUGGGCUCGCGGCUGCAGGAGCGCGCCAGCGGCCAGCCGAAGGCCGUGCUGCGCGCACUGCAGGACCUCCUGAGCCCGGAGCCGCUGUGA